UGCGCAUUUCACCGUGCGAUUAUUCAGAAUAUGGCUCGGUUGAACUGAGCGUGCAUCUACUUGGUCUGCUGGCUAAAAAGGCAACGGAUUGAAAUUUAUAACCUAAAAAGCCUCUUCUAAAUCUUGAUCCAACGCACGCAAAAAAGUUACCGAGGGGAUGAAUCUGUGGUUGACGCUGCUAGCUCUGACAAAUGUUUUGAUAUCUUGUGCCUUGCUGACUGGCGCUGAGCACAGUUGUAACUUUGACUAUGGUUUGUGUUCUGACUGGGCGGAAGUGUAUUACCAGGAUGAUUUUGAUUGGACUAACCGGCACGGUUCCACUCCUUCAUACGAUACAGGACCAUCCUCUGGUCAUGGAGGAUUUGGGAGGUACAUGUAUAUAGAGACAUCUUCACCUCGAAAGUUUGGGGACAAAGCCAUACUUGAGUAUUCUGUGCCGACUAACGAUGUAGGGAAAUCAUACUGCUUAUCGUUUUAUUAUCACAUGUACGGAGACACAAUUCACUCCCUAAAUGUCUUCAAUGGAGGAACGAAGGUGUUCACGAAGGCAGCAAGCCAAGGAAAUCUUUGGUUGAAGGCAAAGAUUAGUUUAACGACGUUACAGAAUAAAAUCAAGUUCGAGGGAAUCAGAGGAUCAUCCUACACGGGUGACAUUGCCAUUGAUGACGUCUCUCUCGUCCCCGGAAUUUGUAAAGAAUGCAGACAGACCUUGAACCAAUCUUUCGGAAGACUGGACAUAAGAUACACGGAUGCAUUUGACCCUUACUGCAACUGGUUGAUCGGAAACGGCGGUAUUGCUCAAAAAUCUGCUGUUAUUUCGAUCCAUCAAGCGUACUUUGGCCACAGCAGCGAAUAUGUCAAAGUGUUUGAUGGAAAUGGAACAGAGGUCCUGUCCAUAGAUAGAUGGGAUUUGUCUUCGAAGAAACGUUUCCUAGAAGUUCCAUUUGAAUCUUCCGGAAAUAUGACAAUUCAAGCUUCACUUACCUAUAGUUGGAGUUAUAUCAAAAUUGACUACGGUAUUGUGAAUCAAGGUUUGGAUUCAGCUCGACCAUUGGCUAACUGGAACCUAACUGUCGCGAACAAAACCACCACAAGUAUCAGAAUAAUGUGGAAUAACCCAGUUAAUUUGUUCAACUCUGGAGAAAGUUUCUACGUGGCCAUUGCUGAAAGAGUAAUGAACGUUAGCAGCGUAUCCAACGGAAAACUACUGCCUGGAAACACAACCUCAUCUGAGAUAACAAACCUUGAAAUUUACACGGAAUACAACAUUUACGUUAUAAUCGUGGAUAGCAAUGGGUCACCUUUUAAAAGUGGAGUUGUAGUCACCAUGACCGACGAAGGAUCCCCGAGCAGAGCGCCAAGAGGCGUACGAGUGACAAGCGUGGAGUAUACAACUAACCUGCUAGUGGAAUGGAAUCCUCUAUCUCAGAUCUAUGCAAAUGGCAAAAUAUUGGGUUACACCAUAUAUUAUAAAGAAUACGACGAUUGGUAUUCUUCGUAUAAGACUAUCAAUACAAUUCACUCCUAUCCAACGCAGUUCGUGUUGAAAGGACUGAAGCCGGCGGAGAGAUACCGUGUUGCAGUGGCAGCCUUUACAUCCAAGGGACGUGGACCGAUGUCAUACUAUACUUACGGGACAACGGGUUGUUCUCAAACUUUACGAGAAGCUUUUGGAGAAAUAAUAUAUUCGACAAACAGCUACUAUUAUCUUCGUUGUUAUCUAAGUAUCAUAAGUGGUGGUAUACCUGACGCCAUAGCCGUAUUAUCUGUGCAAGAAAUAAAUCUCAGAUACUGCAGCGACUACGUAAAGAUUACCGACGGAAACGGCACUGAUGUUUUGUAUCAUAAGGGCUGCAAUGAAAAAUUUGCUCCGGAAAUCCUCUUUGAUGUGCAUUUUGGCUCGUCCGACAACAUAUCAAUUCAAGUGUACACAAGCAGUUCCAGCAGUAGUAUCAAAAUAGAAUACGGCAUUUUAAGGCAGAGCCUAACCUCAGCCGUUGUCGUCUCAGGAUGGAAUAUUUCUGUAUCCAACCUUGACUCCUCUGGUGCCACACUUCAGUGGACAAGCCUCGAUGCAAACGUAAAACAUCAAGCAAAUUUUUAUAUCAUUGAGGUUAAAAGCAUGGAUGGCGUUCCACUGGACGUCCAUACAGUUCCAGGAAAUACCACAAUGUCAGUCAUAAAGCGACUCAAACCUUCUACAAAGUAUCGUGUGGUCGUUUAUGGAGUUGACAACAAUGGGCAACCCUAUACGAGUUCACAAAGCAUUCUCUCUACUCCGAAAGUAUUCUGUGGAACUCGACCCAGUUCGACGCGCAUCGUCGGUGGCACAGCUGCGUUUAAAAACAGCUGGCCUUGGCAGGUGAUGGUGAAAGAGUUCGGAAGCCAAUUCUGUGGCGGCUCAUUAGUAGAUCUAUACUGGGUAAUCACAGCAGCUCACUGCGUUCGAUGGAAAUCCCCAGCUAACCUCAAAAUAAGGGUGGGAGCCCAUUACAGGACCAGUGGAAGCGUUGGGACCGAACAAGACAUCACCGUCUCCAAAAUCAUAGUCCACGAGAAUUACCAAACUCCGAAAACAUAUAGUAACGACAUCGCUCUUCUAUAUCUUGAAAAACCUGUUGUACUUGGAGUAGGCGUCGGACUUGUCUGCUUGCCAGAGAUCAAAAAUAUUCUCCCCGUUGACUUAAAUGAAACAUGCUGGAUAACAGGUUGGGGAAAUUUGUACUCAGGAGGAUACCAACCGAAUACCCUAAUGCAAGCGUCUGUGCCGCUGGUGUCCAAACAACGUUGUUCAAAUGUUUAUCCUGGAAAAAUCGACGAUACAAUGCUCUGUGCCGGCCUGGAUCAAGGUGGAAUUGACACUUGUCAGGGCGAUAGUGGUGGACCGCUGGUGUGUGAGUUCAAUGGCACCUGGUAUCUUGAGGGUAUCACAAGUUGGGGAUACGGAUGUGCGCAAGCUUAUAAGUAUGGCGUCUACGCCAAAGUGCGGGCCUUGGAUUCUUGGAUACGGGCCAAUAUGUAUAAGGUGGUUCCACCGAGUACAAUACCGCCGCAGAAUCAGUCCUCCGUUUCUUUACUUUGGUGUAGCUUUGACAAAGGUUUGUGUUCUGGAUGGAGCCAAUCCUCUUCGGAUGAUUUUGACUGGACGCUUGGAUCAGGUUCAACGCCUUCCUCUUCAACAGGUCCCAGCUCUGGUCAUGGUGGAUCUGGAAAUUAUAUGUACAUCGAGGCGUCCUCGCCAAGAAAACCUGGAGAAAAGGCACAAAUUAUGGUCACAGCCCCAAACAAAGGGAAAAAGGCGUGUCUUUCAUUCUACUAUCAUAUGUAUGGAGCUUCUGCAGGAAGUCUUAAUGUCUACAAUGGUAAUGAUAAAGUCUUUAAUGCGUCAGGAAAUCAGGGAAACAGAUGGGUGAUGGUGGAAAAAAGCCUUUACCUUGAUAACGAGAUUACAUUUGAAGGAAUACGGGGGAGUUCUUACACGGGUGAUAUCGCCAUUGAUCAAGUACUGAUAACCGAAGGAAACUGUCCAGUUUCAUGUAGCUUUGACAGUGGGUUGUGCCUCUGGUGGAGCCAAUCCAAGUCAGAUGUCUUUGACUGGACGCUUCGAUCUGGUUCCACGCCAUCAUCAGGCACUGGGCCUUCAUCAGAUAGGAGUGGGACAGGAAUGUAUAUGUAUACUGAAGCCUCACCUCGGUCAAGGGGUGAUAAUGCAAAGCUCCAACUUUCAGUGCCUAGCGGAAGAUCAUCUUCUUGCCUCGUGUUCUACUAUCACAUGUAUGGAUCAUCAAUGGGGACGCUAAAUGUCUUUAAUGGAAAUGACAAAAUAUUUACCAAGUCAGGAAAUCAGGGUUUCUAUUGGAAGAAAGUAACCAAAACUUUGCACUUGAGCGAUGUUUUGACAUUUGAGGGGAUUAGAGGGACGUCGUACACAAGUGAUAUUGCUAUUGAUGAUGUCAAAAUAAGCGGUGGAAACUGUCCAGGUUGUGGCGGUGUUUUAAAUAAGUCUUCUGGAGUGGUGCACCUUGCUAACACUGGGAACGAAGACGAGACCCAUUGCAUUUGGACAAUUGGUAACGCCGGGUUAAGACAAUCAUAUGCAUCGCUGUCUCUUCAAAGAGUUUACCUAAGAUAUUGCAGCGAGUAUGUCAAGGUCUUUCAUGAAGAUGGAACGAAACUGUUUAACCAAGAGGGCUGUCAGUCUUCGCUUCCACACGGCACCUCACUGGAAAUUCCCUACGGUGUCUCAAACCACCUAACAGUUGAAAUUUCCCUACAGUAUAGAUGGAGCGCGGUUAGCAUUCAGUACAUGAUCUCAAAACAAGGACAUAAUUCUGCCCAACCAAUAUCCUCCUGGAAUACAACAGUGGUUAGUAUAACAUCAUCGUCAGCAACUGUACGGUGGUCAAACUUUCCUCUAUCUUCUUCAAUCAAUCAUUUUUUGGUGAGGUUCAAGGAGGUUUCUGGUGUCAGCACAUUGUUCCAAGUCAGAAGCUUGAGCAACUCUUAUUACACCAACCGUCUCAAGGGAUACACAUCUUAUGAUGUCGAAGUUUUAGCUGUGACUGCCAGCGACGGAAAUAAUACAUAUUCCAGCAAAACUGUGUCAAUGAAGACGGCAGAGGGUGUUCCCAGUCGAGCUCCGUCGAACGUCCGUGCGGCAAGCCAUGGAUUGAAUGAAUUCUUAGUCGAGUGGGAUCCACUCCCUCACCAAUACGCCAAUGGUCGACUUCUGGGAUACAAAGUUUAUUAUAAAGACGCUGACUACUACUACUCGUCGGAGAUAUCUGUUAAUACGAGUAACGCUGACGAGUCACAGGCUGUACUGAGUGGGGUACAGACAGGCCGUCGUUACAAGAUUUCUGUAGUAGCAUUUACUUCUAAAGGGGAGGGGCCCCGAUCUCCAGAUUUCUACGAAACCAAGGGUUGCGAGGGCUUUGUAAACCAAGUGUCUGGUUCGUUGUAUUUUAGUAAUUCGCGCUACAGUAUUCUCAACUGCAGUGUUCAAGUACAAAAUGCUGGAAUCAAACGUGGAUCGGCCCUUAUUUCCUUUCAGAGCAUAUAUUUUAGAUAUUGCAGCGACUACGUCAAGAUUUUUGAUAGCAAUGGUCUUCAGGUUUUUCAUCAUGGAGGAUGUGAUUCCCUAACCAGAGGAAUGUCCGUAGAAGUCCCAUUUGGUGACGGGCAUAGUAUCACGCUCGCUUUACUUUUUUCGUACCGGUAUAGUUACGCCAGAGUCCAAUACUCGAUAUUAAAUCAGCCCUUAAGCUCAGCUCAAUUGGUCCCAUCUUGGAACAUCAGUAUCUCCUAUACUACAACCAAGUCGAUGACAGUUCAAUGGUCCAGCUUCCCUCUCACAAGUCAUUCCGUUCAACAACUUUUAGUGAACUACAGAGAACACAAUUCGAACGUCAGCCUAGUAUUUCAGACUCCAAGUUAUUACAAUACACAUUACACUGGCAGGAUUUUAAAGGGUUACCAAUAUUAUGACGUGCAAGUAAUUGCUGUGGCGUCGAAUUCUAGCAAUGGUACAUUCACCAGUAGGAGGGAGAUCGGAAGGACUGACGAAGGAGUUCCAAGCACUGCACCACUGAAUGUACGAUUGACAAAUCUGCAGUCUCAUGAGGUGAAGGUGCAAUGGGAUCCCAUACCUCCAGAGACGGCCAAUGGAAUAUUGCUGGGAUAUAGAGUGUUCUAUCAAGAGUACUGGUAUUCAGGUUUGCUUCAAAGUGUGGACACCAAGAGCCCCAAUGCUCACAUGUUGGUACUAAGGGGCUUGAAGUCAGCGCAGAGAUACCAAAUAUCGGUGGCAGCAUUUACGUCCAAAGGAGCAGGAUCGCGGUCAUACUUGAGAUACAUUACAACAGGUUGUGGUGGACAACUAAACGAUUCAUUUGGACAAGUGCGCAUCGGCUCAAACAGAAACUACUACUAUUUACGCUGCACCUGGAAUAUCGUCAAUGUGGGCAUCCAGCAAGCGGUCGCCUUCAUCUGGAUAAAAGACUUUUAUUUUUCUUAUUCAACUGGCUAUUUAAAGAUCCUGGACGGCAAUGGCUCUGUAGUUCUACAUCAACAUAGGUACUCCGCUAUUCAAGAGAACAUUUUCGUGGAAGUUGAAUUUGGGAAUGCUGACAACAUUACCAUACAAACCUACCUUGCGAGUUCAUACAGUCACUUUGAGCUUUAUUACGGGACUUUGAAAGAAAGCCUUCAGUCAGCUUUGUUGACUGCAAAUUGGAACGUUACAGUCGAAAAUGUCACUCCUAGAAGUGUUAGUGUCCUCUGGACUAACCUGGAAUUACUGAUAGGAGACCAAAUUUUGCAUUAUAUAAGUUUGGUAACAAGCGCUAACGGUAGCACUGUUUUAAACGCUGAGAUCACAAGUGGAAACACCACGACUGGGCAUAUUUCUGGAUUAUCAGCAUACACGGAGUAUAAAAUAAGCAUUGUUGGCGUUGGAAGUGACGGGCAAGCGCACAAAAGUUCAAAUUUAACAUUUUGGACGGAAGAAGGAGUUCCCAGUGGAUCCCCAUCAAAUGUUCGACUGUCAAACCUACAGCACAGUGAGAUACAAGUACAAUGGGAACCACUUGCACAGCAUUAUGUAAAUGGGCGACUACAGGGAUAUAGAGUUCGUGUUUACGAGUAUGGAUAUUACUAUUAUUACGGUUCCCUCGUGCAAACUUUGGAGACUCCUGGUCCCUAUGUUCACACGAUGAAAGUAAGAGGUCUAAAAGCUGCACAACAAUACAGAGUAACCGUCGCAGCUUUUACUUCGAAAGGCGAGGGCCCACAAUCUUACUGGCGAUACAUUACAACAGGAUGCGGAGGAAGCGUAAAUCAGUCAUUUGGCGAGAUACAAAUUGGACGGAGGCGUUACUACUCUUAUCAACGAUGUAACUGGGAGAUUGGCAACCCGGGAUUCAACCAAUCUAUCCUGAUUGUAUCUUUUGAAGAACUGUAUCUCUCCUACUAUUAUGAAUAUGUAAAGAUCAUUGAUGGAAAUGGUGUAAGAGUAUUUUACCACACUGGAUAUUCGUCCUCCCCUUUGAAAACGUUCCUGCUAGUUCCGUAUGGGAGUGGAGAUCAUAUCAAGGUGCAGAUUUACUUCUAUAACAGCUGGAGUCAGUUCAAGGUUCAAUACGGAAUCGUAGAUCAGGACCUCCAGUCAGCUGUAUUUGUGUCUAACUGGAAUGUAACCAUUGGGAACACUACACAAAGAAGCAUCGGCGUCCAAUGGCAAAAUUUGAACGAAUUGUUGAAUCAGCAGAUUCUUCACUUCUUCGGUCUUCUGGGGACUUCCAAUGGAACCAUUUUGAACGCCAAGAUCAUGUCUGAAAGUACGACUUCUGUUAUAUUCGAUGGACUUUCACCCUAUAGACAAUAUUCUGUGGCUAUUCUUGGUGUUGACAAAAACGGGCAAGCCUAUAAGAGUGCUAAUGUCACAGCCUGGACAGAAGAAGGAGUUCCCAGCAGAGCACCACGAAGCAUCACAUUUUCAAAUGUGGAGUCAACUGAGAUAACUGUUCAGUGGGAUUCUCUUCAACAGCAAUAUAUCAAUGGAAAGUUGCUGGGGUACAGAGUUUACUUCCAGGUGUAUGCGUAUUAUUAUUCUCCGCUAACGAACAACAGCAUAACUGUAAACACCACUAAAGUGAAUUUAAGAGGAUUAAAUCCAGGCCAACGGUAUGAUGUUUCCGUGUCUGCUUUCACUUCCAAAGGAGAAGGACCACGCUCCUACCGCCACUACGUAACGACAGCUUGCAAGAUUACUUUAAACCAAUCCGCCGGACUGAUAAAUGUGAAACACACAGAUUACAAUAAUCUAUAUUGCAACUGGACAAUUGGAAAUUUUGGAAUAACUAACGCGGUUGCCCUUUUUCUGUUCAAGCAACUCGCUUUUGUCUCCUGCAGGGAGCAUGUUAAGAUUUUCAAUGGCAAUGGAACCCUUCAGUAUCACAAGUCGGGUUGCUGUCCCAACAAUCAAGGAUCCGUGGUUGAGAUUUCCUUUGUGAAAUCUGAUAACAUUGCAAUCAACAUCUUACUGACUCAACUACAAAGCCAUAUAACAUCUCACUUUGUGAUAUUGAAACAUGGACUCCAUUCCGCUACUUAUACUCCUGGCUGGCUGGCGUCAGUAGACAACAUCACAGCCUCAAGUAUUUUAGUUCAGUGGAGUAACCUAACCAGUUUAAUAAAUCAAGAGAUACUCCACUACAUCAUCAUCCUCUCGAGAACCAACGGAAAUGCACCAUACCAUGUUCUAGUGGAUGGAGGCAGACUAGAUAUGGAAAUUGGUGAACUGGAACAUUCACAAAUGUAUCAUAUGAAAGUGUUUGGAGUGGAUGCACUUGGCUAUUGUUACAAGACUCUUGAAGUAAAUGCUACUAUGAAAAAUGCAACGUGUGGAUCUCGACCAAGUGGCACUCGUAUUGUUGGUGGGUCAAUCGCCUUAAUUAAUAGCUGGCCCUGGCAGGCUAUGCUGCAGACCAGUUAUGGUUCGCAGUUUUGCGGUGGUACUUUGAUACAUCCCCUAUGGGUUGUCACGGCCACUCACUGCGUAAGGGGAAAAUCGGUGUCUUCAGUGAAAGUCGAAUUGGGGGCACAUUACAAGUCCUAUGGGAAUGUUGGCACAGAGCAGAGUUUUGACGUUGCAAAAAUCAUUGAACAUGAAAGAUACAAUACUCCAAAUAGUUGGAGCAACGACAUAGCUCUCUUACAGUUAUCGAAACCGGCCAAGCUUGGAAAAGGAGUUGGGCUCGUUUGCCUUCCGGAUACGAGUUUUCAGCUUCCUUUCGAUAAUGCGAACAAGACGUGCUGGAUAACUGGCUGGGGAAGACUUUCGUACUUGGGAAUCUCCCCCAAUGAGCUGAUGCAAGUUGAUAUACCUCUGGUAUCAAAACAGCGCUGCAUGGCGUCAUACCCAGGUAAAAUCGAUGACUCCAUGAUAUGCGUUGGCCAGGAUCGGGGUGGAAUAGGCGGUUGUCAUGGUGACAGCGGCGGACCACUUGUGUGUGAGUUCAAUGGAAAAUGGUACUUGGAGGGAGCUACUAGUUGGGGAGGAUUACCCUGCGCAGACCCGUUGAAAUACACUGUAUAUGCCAACAUUCGCCAUUUAAAGUCGUGGAUAACAAGCAAGAUGUCCGCCCUUCCUGCUCCUGGUUUAACGGUGUUUAACCGAUCAUGUAACUUUGACUCUUGUCUGUGUUCUGGUUGGGUGCAGUCUGUUUCAGAUGAUUUCGACUGGACGAGGAAUUCAGGCUCAACUGGAUCUUGGGCCACCGGACCAUCCUAUGACCACACUAGUGGAUCCGGAUACUACAUGUACAUUGAAGCAUCGUCCCCUCGGGUUAUUGGUGAUAAAGCAAAGCUUGAUCUUUCCCUCUGCGGAAAUGGUGACGAGGCUUGUCUUACAUUCUACUAUCACAUGUACGGAUCCAGUAUGGGGGCCCUAAAUGUCUUCAGUGGAAAUACAGUUGUAUUUAGUGCCUCAGGAAACAAAGGCAACUACUGGCAAAAGGCACAACGAACUAUUUCUUUGAAUAAAAUUGUCACUUUUGAGGGGAUAGUAGGAUCAUCUUUUGAGGGAGACAUUGCCAUUGACGACGUUUCCAUUAGUAGAGGGCGAUGCUUUACACCACCAGCGACCACCUCAUGUAGUUUUGACAAUGGACUGUGCUCUGGUUGGUGGCAGUCUCACUCAGAUGUCUUUGACUGGAAAUUAUAUAGUGGAUCAACGCCAUCUAACCUAACGGGCCCAGACUACGAUCAUACUUUAGGCUAUGGGUACUAUAUGUACAUUGAGGCAAGUGUGCAAUAUGAUGGUGAUAAUGCCAAGCUGAUGCUCAAUUUAAACGAAACCGGAGAACUCUCGUGCCUUAAGUUCUAUUAUCACAUGUAUGGACUUGCUAUUGGGGAACUUCAUGUCUUCAGUGAAAGUUCUUUACUAUUUAACGCUACUGGAAACCACGGAAACUACUGGAUUAAGGCUGAAAGGACAUUUUAUUCCAAGAAAACGUUGACAUUUGAAGGAAUAGUAGGGUAUUCCGACACUGGUGACAUAGCCAUUGAUGACGUCUCGAUAACCAGAGGAAGCUGUUCAGGACAGACUCCGUCUCCUACAUGGUAUCCAGUUCCGACUACCCUUAAGCCUUCUUCAAACUCUACCAAUUCCAGCAUUGCGAACACUGUUCACACCCACAAACCGUCCACACCAGUCCACCCGGUAUGUUCUGACAAGCCCGGUUACGAGUUUUGUUCCCAACUCGUCACACUGAAUGAAAAGUUUUGUACAGAAAAUUUUAACUGGACCGUCAAGCACUGCCCUAAGUCAUGCGGAUUUUGUAGAGAUGACUGUUUUGAUGACCCGGAACAUGCCACCAUCUGUUCAACCUUCUCCACUUAUAAAGAACUUUGCCAAACUAACCGAAAUUGGACGAUGAAGCAUUGUCGAAAGGCAUGUGGUUAUUGCACAGGGAUUUCUACUUCGACCCACACGGUGACUUUCAGGCCGACAGCUAUUCCUCGCACUCCAUCAGCAAAGGAAAUGCAAGAAGCAGUGGUGUUAAAAAUGACAAAUUUUGAUAUGAACAAGUGGAAGGAGAUGGAAGCGGACUUUAAACGAGAAGUUGCAAGUGCAGCCUCCAGAUAUUGUGCCGGUGGAGGAGCAUCCUGUCAAAUAAGUCCUCGUCGGAGACGAUCCUCUGAUAGCAUGGAAUUCUCAGCCGAUAUGGUUCACCUUGUUCCUGGUUACCCAAUGCAGUCACCGAAUGAUCCCAACAUAACGUUGUUGGCUUUCUAUCUGCAGCUUCCUGGAGAUGUCGGAGAUAACUUGGUCAGCGAAGAUGUCCUGAAGAACAUCGUGAAAAGCGAUAUGAAAUCUAUUGAAGGGUCGAUGGGUGUUAGCAUCACAUCUGUUCAGCCAAUGCCAUCCACUCAGCUUCAGGUCGAUGGGUCGAUGGGUGUUAGCAUCACAUCUGUUCAGCCAACGCCAUCCACUCAGCUUCAGGACGAAAAUGAUGAAAAACAUGAGAAAGAUGAUGAAAAAUCAACCUCGACCACUGUUAUAGUGGCUGUUACCUUGGGAGCUUUGUUACUGUUGGCGAUUAUCAUUUCUGCCACCUUGUGCAUUAAAACUACCAGAUUUGGCCCCAAAUGCCGUGUGCAGUCCAACGAGAAGGUCGAUCAAGGAACUGAUGAAGUUCGUGAAGCAGUCUGUGAGAAUACAGAAAAGCAUGGAGUGACUCUCAGCGGACCAAGCGUUAUUGCCUACGAAAACAACGCUUACGUUUCUGUAGAGCAAACCGCUGCAUUAACACAACAGAAUCAAAUAAUUCCGAUCGGAGAUCUACGCGACAAACUGUACGAGCAGCAGAAUCACUCUGCAAAUGCGAACGUUCGUUUGUAAGCCGAAGAAACAUCACUUGACGAGGGAUAUCAAGAGGAGACCCGAGGCUGUCCAGGUGCAGUGAAGAGAUAACGCCGAUCCAUUAUGUGAACUGCUGAACUCUGUCAGAGCAGGCUGACCUUUGCUAUAUGGGCAAAUUUGUUUGUUUACUACUCUUUGUCUGUUUUUAUAUUGACUAAGCGUCGCUAAGAUGGUUGUGAAGAAGUUCCUUAUUUGUUUUUUUAAUGAGCAGAGGCUCUGUAGUGGAGAAGUUAUUUUUAACCUUUUUUACUGAAAAGGGCAAAGUUAAGCCUUGGUUGUUAAUUUUUUAAAGCUAAAGCAUUUUGUUAUUCCGUUCUGGGGAACAAUGCGAACAAUCGCGGUGGGUAAGAGAAGCUUCUUUUGCCUGCCAGAUCAGAACGUAGGGGUCGCCUCAUCUUUUCUGCUCAUGGAAUCAUAUAUACAUAGCGAGGGAUAUUAGACAUUCUUUCGUAGAGCUAUUUGUAGGUACUUUCUAGACACUUAGAUAACUUUUAUUUGGGUCGGUUAACCUUCAACGCCAAGUUUUUGGUAACCAGCCACAAAAUUUUGCCUCUAGAGGUUAUCAUAGUUAAUUAGAAUUUAACUGGCUUACUCUACAGCCUAAACUUUCGCAAAACCGUAAAAGCAUAUUUUUCUAUUCAUAGUUUAUUCAAGAUUACUAACCAUAAAUUUACAAAGCUGCAUGACGUUUGUUUUAGUGAUUCACCAUGAGAAGGUAAAACUUGAAAUAAAACCUGCCAUGAUUAAGUUCUUUUAAACCGUUGAAAUUUUCCUUAUGAUUGAGUAAAAGGUUUAUGGUUAAAAAGCAGAUGAGGAAUAUUUUAGUGUUGUUGUCAUAAGUGUUCUGUGAUUAUUAUUCCAAGCAUGCAAUAAAUGGUCCCCUCCAAGAAAGUAAAUCGAACCGAUUUAAUUUUAAGAGUAAGGGGUCGGGUUAGAUCGACAUGAUACUACUUCACUAAAAGUUUCGUAGCCAAUACUCUUUUUUACGAAAGUUCAUUAUUUGUUGAAUAAAGGCUGAUAGUUUUGAGAGAAA